UAUGAACUAAUGAAUGAACUUUGUAUAAAAUAAUUCAGAAUGAUUGAACAGAUUCCUCGUGAACAUUGUAAACUUCUUCCACUUCCAGUCCUUUAAAGAUGAAGCUGUGAUCAUGAAAUUGUAGAAAUGUCGUUGACUUGUGACAUGUUUAGUUUUGAGUUCUGUCUCUUUUCACAAUAAAAGCAUAAAGUUACUGUGAGAGUGUUUGUGGUCUUUCUGUUUAACUUUUACACAUGAUAAGAUGUCUGGGUGUCCCAGAGGUCUUCCAGGUGGAGCUGCAGCGUGAGAAACCCUCCAAUCAGAGCAGUCCAGUACGACCCAUCAGAGACCAGACCCUGCUGAACCUGAACCUAAAUCCAGCUGUGUGUCCAUGAAGAGUCACCGGUCCAUGGAGCCACCUCUACUUUAAAAAAAGACCUGUAAGGGAGAGGAGAGUAGAAAUGGAGGAGAGGAGACUAGAAAUGGAGGAGAGAGGAUUGAUGGAGAGACUUGAAUGGAAGAAGGAGAGAAUUGCAAUGGAAAGUGAAAUUGAAAUGUUAAGAAGAAGAUUGAGGACCCAGCAGAGACCAGAGUCUCCUGAACCUGAACCUGAACCCAGCUGUGUGUCCUUUAAGAGCGACUGGUCACAUGAACGCUAUAUUACUUUUAAAGGUCAACAACCCUCUGCUGAAAAGAGAGUGGACCAGGAGAGCUCAGAGGUUCCCAGUGCACCUUUCAGACCAAACGAGCUGAAGAAGAUCGAGAAGCUUCUGAGUCCAGAUUACCCAGAAUGCUCAGAGAGUCAGACAGAGGAGGAGAAUGAGAAUGAAGAGCAGUGGAGGAGCAGAGAGGCAUUUCUGAAGAUCACACUGCACUUCCUGAAGAGAAUGAAGCAAAACGAGCUGGCUGACCGUCUGCAGCCUUUUUUGUUAUGUAUUAAUUCAGGAAGUUCUGCUGGAGUGUGUAAACGUAAACUCAAGACUAACCUAAACAACAAGUUCCAGUGUGUGUUUGAGGGGAUUGCUAAAGCAGGAAACCCAACCCUUCUGAAUCAGAUGUUCACAGAGAUCUACAUCAUGGAGGGAGGGACUGCAGAGGUCAAUGAUGAACAUGAGGUCAGACAGAUUGAAACAGCUUCCAGAAAACCAGACAGACCAGAAAAAACAAUCAGAAGAGAAGACAUCUUUAAAGCCCCACCUGGAAGAGAUGAACCAAUCAGAACAGUGAUGACAAAGGGAGUGGCUGGCAUCGGGAAAACAGUCUUAACACAGAAGUUCACUCUGGACUGGGCUGAAGGCAAAGCCAACCAGGACAUCCAUUUCAUAUUUCCAUUCACUUUCAGAGAGCUGAAUGUGCUGAAAGAGAAAAGGUAUAGCUUGGUGGAACUUGUUGAUCACUUCUUCAGUGAAACCAAAGAAGCAGGAAUCUGCAGGUUUGAAGAGUUCCAGGUUGUGUUCAUCUUUGACGGUCUGGAUGAGUGUCGACUUCCUCUGGACUUCCUCAAAACUGAGACCCUGACUGAUGUUACAGAGUCCACCUCAGUGGGUGUGCUGCUGACAAACCUCAUCAGGGGGAAACUGCUUCCCUCUGCUCGCCUCUGGAUAACCACACGGCCUGCAGCAGCCAAUCAGAUCCCUGCUGAGUGUUUUGACAUGGUGACAGAGGUCAGAGGGUUCACUGACCCACAGAAGGAGGACUACUUCAGUAAGAGAUACAGAGACAAGAAGCAGGAAAGCAGAAUCAUCUCCCACAUCAAGACAUCACGAAGCCUCCACAUCAUGUGCCACAUCCCAGUCUUCUGCUGGAUCACUGCUACAGUUCUGGAGGACGUGUUGAAGACCAGAGAGGGAGGAGAGCUGCCCAAGACACUGACUGAGAUGUACAUCCACUUCCUGGUGGUUCAGUCCAAACUGAAGAACAUCAAAUACGGUGGAGGAGCUGGGACGGAUUCAAACUGGAAUAAAGAGACAAAGAAGAUGAUUCGGUCUCUGGGAAAACUGGCGUUUGAGCAGCUGCAGAAAGGCAACUUGAUCUUCUAUGAAUCAGACCUGACGGAGUGUGGCAUCGAUAUCACAGCAGCCUCAGUGUACUCAGGAGUGUUCACACAGAUCUUUAAAGAGGAGAGAGGACUGUACCAGGACAAGGUGUUCUGCUUCGUCCAUCUGAGUGUUCAGGAGUUUCUGGCUGCUCUUCAUGUUCAUCUGACAUUCAUCAACUCUGGAGUCAACCUGCUGUCAGAAGAACAAUCACCAUCCCGGCUGUCUAAAGUCUUCAGAGUCAAAUCUAAAGUAAAACAUGUCCUUCAGAGUGCUGUGGACAAGGCCUUACAGAGUCCAAAUGGACACCUGGACUUGUUCCUCCGUUUCCUCCUGGGUCUUUCACUGCAGACCAAUCAGACUCUCCUACGAGGUCUGAUGACACAGACAGGAAGUAGCUCAGAGACCUAUCAGGAGACAGUUGAGUACAUCAAGAAGAAGUUCAGUCAGGAUCUGUCUGCAGAGAGAAGCAUCAAUCUGUUCCACUGUCUGAAUGAACUGAAUGAUCGUUCUCUAGUGGAGGAGAUCCAACAGUCCCUGAGAUCAGGAAGUCUCUCCACAGAUAAACUAUCUCCUGCUCAGUGGUCAGCUCUGGUCUUCAUCUUACUGUCAUCAGAAAAAGAUCUGGAUGUGUUUGACCUGAAGAAAUACUCUGCUUCAGAGAAGACUCUUCUGAGGCUGCUGCCAGUGGUCAAAGCCUCCAACAAAGCUCUGUAA